CUGGAAGAAAAGGUGGCCUUUAUGGCUGUCAAUGGGAAAAAGACGCUACUGUUAUCGGCUUAUAUGGAGCACCGCAAACAAAGACAGGUUCGUGUCAUUUCCGUUGUGCUGAGGAGCGAGGAUCAAAACUAUCACUGCAGCAUGUGCUGCAAUGAGAAACUGUACUUUUCUAAAGGUGUCGGUGAUAUCAACAGAGACCACUUCGGCUUCUCGUACGGCACAGCGGACAUCAUGUGUCCUCUCCCCAAAGGCUGUGAGAUGCCCUCUCAUAUCGCUGUGACCAACGAUGCCCCCGGCUCUGAUUUACAUGAGCCGGUAUAUUUGGAGGUAAAAAACCAGAACAAGAGUGUCGCCUUACCUUACGACUUCACCGUCUGCAUUUCCACCAUGUUUAAUUUUACCAACGUCCUGCAGUUGGUCCAGAGUUUGGAAAUGAUGCAGUUACUGGGGGUGGACAGAGUUGUCAUCUAUAAGAGCGACUGCAGCCCUGAAACACAGCGUGUACUGGACUACUACACAAAAAAAGGUUUAGUAGAGGUGAUUUCUUGGACAAUAUCCAACCAUCUGAAACCAUCUCACAGCUGGAGGCCUCAGUUUGAUCCAGGUGACAUCCACUAUUUCGGCCAGAUCCCUGCUCUCACUGACUGUGUCUACAGAUACAUGUACCAGUCCAGAUAUGUGUCCCUGCAGGAUACAGAUGAGCUCAUACUGCCUCAGUCAGUCAACAGCUGGUUGGACCUGCUGCCACAGCUGGAGAAGAAAUACGGCGUCGACAAGUGCUACAUGUUCGAGAAUAACGUGUUCCCCCACACGAUCACGCUGCCUCUUCCAGCAUCCCAAAAGCAACCCAUAGAAAGCCCCGGCUGGAAGAAUGUGCCUGGGGUGAACAUACUGGCUCACCUCCACCAUCAACCCAUCAUAAAAAAGACUCAUACCAGCAACUUCAAGGUAAUUGUUAACCCUCGAGCUGUCUUCCGAACCUCCGUCCAUGGACUGCUGAAGUCAGAGAAAGGCUGCGCCUGGGUUGACAGGAAUAUUGCUCGGAUGUACCACACAAGAGCUGGGAUACAAAAGCUGAAACCCGAGCAGCUGGUUUAUGACGGCAGACUACUGAAGUACAGCGACCGCCUCAUAUCAGCAGUCAAUACUGUUCUCAAAGAGACCAAAUUUCUAAGUAAAGAGUGA